AUCACAUCGUCGACAGCAUAGCUUCUUGAGGUCAAUUGGACCAGCCGCCACCAUGUCGACCCCCGGAAGAACAAUCGCCAACCUGCGCAAGGUUGGAAUCAAGAACUACUUCCGCCAAUUGCUGUACAUUGGUGACACCAAGCAUGGUCGUCUCGUAGGCGAAGAUAAGGCCGGCAAUAAGUACUUCGAGAACAACGACGAACUUCCCCUGCGUACGCGCUGGGUGGACUUCAAAGUGCACGACUACGACUCAGCGCAGGUCGAGCCUGGCUGGCACGCUUGGCUGGGAUACAUGGUGGACAAGCCGCCCACCGAGGACGCCCUUCUCCAGACCAAGACGCGCAAGUGGGAAGUGCCACACGUACUUCCCAACUUCACGGCUACUCCGGGAGCCUACAAGCCAUACAACACAGUGAAGCCGAAGAUUCGCUCCUGGGAACCCAAGGCUGUUGAGAGGCAAUGAGUUGUAGUAGAACGGGGUUGAUGUACAUAAGCCAAAGUCGCUUAACGCAAUUUCAGGGUUUUGCUUUGUGUUGAAAUGUUGUCAAUAUUUGCCGACGCUGGUUCACACCAAAGUACCGACAUUGAUAUAGUGAGAGAGUUUGCAGGUCCUUCGAGAGCUGCCUCAACUGGCUUGCAUGCAGCUCCUCUUCAUGUGGUUGAUUCGUCAGGAGCAUAGAGCCAAGCCAUGAGCAGAAUCAAGCUAACAGGCACGAGAUUCGUGGGAGGGCAGCCCGUUGAGACGAAUAAGUUGGUAGUUGUGACGAAGUUGACGUUGGAGUGUUGUAUACCACCCUAAACUUCACAUAACCAUGUGCUCCUACAUCAAUUGUUAUAGCUGCUGUCGCCUUUUUAUUCGAAAGAACCCCAGAGGGAAGAUCGGCGAGAACUGAUGUAGAAGAGAUCCA